AUGGGCUGCCCUCGGCUUCACACAGGUUCCGAGGCCUUGCUGUGGAGCGACGAGGCGUGCGUCUGGAGCACAAACGCCACGGAGUACCGACAGUUGCAACUGGGAGCCUAUCUCAAUGAAGAAGGCAGCGGCUCAGCCUGGCCGCUCUACGGCCUCCUUGUGGCCUAUCCAUUGACCAGCAUUGCCCAGCAGAGCUGCAGUGGCCUAGUACAGCGAAUGCUGAGCCGACAGGCCUUUCUGCGUGCCGCUGUGGUGGAUGCCUUCAGCCUGCUCCCAAUGAUGCUGGUCUUCGGCAGCUGCUCCUUCCGAGCCUUCGCUCUCUUCGGGCCUCAGCUGCUUGCACUUUGGAGGAGACCGAGCCAGAGCAGCGCCCAGAGCGAGGAGCGGCUCUUCUCGGAAUCCGAAGGCCGCCUAAGGUUUCUGGCCGAGUACCGUGCCUUUGUGAUGAUUUCCACCUGUAUCGUCAUCCUCGCAGUCGACUUCGCAGCAGUGUAUCCUCGGGAGCACGCCAAGACCGAAACCUUCGGCUACGCGUUGAUGGAUCUUGGAACCGGCUGCAUCGUCGUCGCCACGGCCGUGUCCGUGCGGUCGACAAAUGCGCUUUCCGUCGUCUCUGUCCUUCGGAAGCUUUGGCCGGUUCUUGCUUUGGGGGCGCUUCGCGGCGCGCUGCUCUGGCAGCUUGACUAUCAUGUGCCGGUCUCCGAGUAUGGGGUUCACUGGAACUUCUUCUUCACUGUGGCCAUCGUCGCCUUGGUGUCGAGCCUUCUGCAGCUCACGGCAAUGCAGUCUGUGCUCGCUGGCAGCAGCUUGGCCAUGGCCUACCAGCUCUUCCUGAGCAUGGGAGGCAACGACUUUUUGCUCCUGGCACCUCGGCUCACGCUCUUCUCCGCCAACCGUGAGGGCAUUUUGGGCUGCCUCGGCUACCUGAGCCUCCACUGGCUGGGCACCGGUCUGGGCUCCCUCUUGAGGGACCGAUCUGCUUCGGCAAGGCUUACCGUGCUGAGGCUCUUGGCAAUCUCCUUUUCUGGCGGCUUCUCCACCUACUUGCUGAGCCUAGCUGGUAUCGCCGUAUCACGGCGACUCUGCAACCUGCCCUACGUCCUCCACAUCCUCUCCCUCAACGCCUGGGUACUGGCAUGGCUGGCGUUGACCGACCUCGCCGCAGACCGCCCGAGGCCCCCUCUCUCGCUGACUUUGGCCGCUGUCUCUGAGUCCAUGCUAGCCGUCUUCCUCUUCGCGAACCUGCUCACAGGGGUGGUGAACUUGACGCUGCAGCCCUUGCUCCUCCCACAAAGCCCGGCCUUCUUGGCCUUGGCCUGCUACUACCUCUCCUGGUCUGUGCCUUGCGCCUUGCUGCGCAGCAAGGGCCGCAAGCUGAAGUGCUGGUGA